AAAUCAUAUUUUAUUCAUAAGUGAACCAAAUUUCGACGAUUUGAAAAGAAUCCAGACUAGUAAAUCAGCUCAUCGGCGUUUCUUCYUGAACAUUAACUCACAGCCAACUAAACCGACCCAGAAAACAAAUUGAAAACAUGCAGCGACGGGUGCGUAAGGUGCAGGGCGCCGCACAAGCUCAACCUACGUUUGACCGUAGAGCUGUAGAUGUUUGUGCCUCUAAGCCCGAUGUUCCUAAAUUCCAGGUUGCAACAAUCCAUAUCUCUUGCCAAUCUGAUCAUUACCAAGGAACAGAUCACUCAUACGGUGGCUUCAUUGUCUAUGGUUACGAGGGGAAAUCAGACUGGUACACUGUGAACGGCGUACACUGCAAAAGUGGCUACCUUGUUAUAAAAGAUACAGACUGCCAUCCGAGGCCGCAAGACGAAUUUCCUAGCGAGCCUGGCGUCAUACAUGGAGCAAUUUACAGGAAAGUGUUUGGGGAACCGUACAAGAAAGAUAAGGUUAUUGGAGAAGGAUUUUCUGUAAUGAAUGGCGAGUUCAAGACAGUGUCUAGCUCGUUCAACAUCGGUGAGCUGUAUCACGACAACAGACGCAUYAUGAAUGAAACGAUGGAASRAUGUGUGAAGAAAGUUGUGGAUUCCUGGAAGGCAUCAGGUCGCUCGUUUACUGCACACCGAAACUACGAAGUGCAAGCCCUUCUGAAUGACUGAUAUUGAGAUUGGAGAUUCUAUUCUAGUUUGAAGCAUUGUUAGAAGCAAAGUACUUUCACUUUCAAUUCCGUUUGUUUCUUAUAAUUCUUUCUUACCUUAUAUGCCUUGAAAAGAGCUAACAUUGAAUGUUUGAAACCUUUCAAUUAAUGAUUUUCUGAUAUCAAAUAAGUCAAAUCAAGUCUAAGAUCCAGUAAAAAUCCAAAAUCUAAGUGUAAGCCAUCUGGAACAAUCAGAAACUAUAGUAAGCAAUUAGAGACUUUUUCCGCCAUGAAUAUUAAACGAAUGCGAAACAUUUGAGAACUAGCAUUUUUUUGUUUCGUUUUUAUUUUAUCUUGUUUUCUUAGUAUUAUUAAUAUUUUUAUUUUCAUCAA